GUUUGUGUUUUGAUCACAAGGCUUGACAGGUUUUGAAUUUUUCCAGAUAAACCUGUCAUGAUGUCCUUCUAAGAAGCAGGUCCUGGGAAUCUUCUGGAGCAUCUGGAAGGAGAUGAUGUCUGCCCUAGAGCCUCCUGCAGAGGACAUGAGCAACAGUCAAAUUUCUGAGCUGAAUCCAUCUUAUAUACAGGCUCGCUUCCCUCAUCUAAAUUUUGAUUUGCACAAGAUAGCAGAAAAAAUGGAGAAAGAAUACCAGGAGAUUCGUGAGCAGUUGCAAAAGGGUUAUAACCCCAGCAUGAGAAAUGAAUGCAAGAGGUUAAAAACGUUCUUCUCCUAUGACUCUGGUUCAUCGUGGGCUCCCACAGAGAUGGCUGCUGCUGGGUUUUAUUACACAGGGGUUAAGUCUGGUAUACAGUGUUUCUGCUGUGGGCUGGUUUUAUUUGCAAGGCCAGCCAGACUGUCCCCAGAUUCAGAGCAUAAAAAAUUUCGGCCUCAGUGUGACUUUGUCCAAGGGAAAGAGGUGGGUAACAUUCUGCGGUAUGACAUACGUGUUCAGAACGUAGAAGACAGUCCGGCAGAGCCUACAGACAGGUACAAAGAGGAGGAGGCUAGACUUCAGUCUUUUGAAGCCUGGCCAUUCUAUGCCAGAGGAACCCAGCCAGCUAUGCUAUCUAGUGCUGGAUUUUUCUUUACAGGUGAAAAAGAUAAAGUUCAGUGCUUUGCCUGUGGGGGAUGUUUGGGGAACUGGGAAGAAGGUGAUGAUCCUUGGAAAGAACAUGCCAAAUGGUUUCCUGAGUGUGAAUUCCUUUACCAUAAGAAAUCCAGUGAUGAAAUUAAAGAAUACCUUCAUAGCUACUGUGGAUUUGCAGGAGUGGUGGGAAAGCAUUUCACAACUCCCUUGAUAAAGAGGAUAUUACCUACAGAAACAGGUGAAAGGGAUAUUGUUCAAUGCUUUGCUUGUGCUGGACAUUUGGAGAAUUGGGAGGAAGGUGAUGAUCCCUGGAAAGAACACAAAAAAUGGUUCCCUGAUUGCAAAUGCUUGGAGCUACACAAUGAGAUGACAGUAGUAGAUCCACCAAAGAAUCAGUCAGCAUUACAUUCUGAGCAGCAAACUGCAAAGACAACUUCGGAAGGGAGAAAAUGCCAAUAUUCUGCUUUUACUGACAUGACCCUUGAGGAUCCCGAAUGGUCCCAAGAAGCCAAGGCAUUGACUGAACAGCUCAGGCAGGCUUACAGUAAUACCAGGUUUACCAGACUGCCUUCCUUUGGUGACUCUGUGGAUUUUGCCAUUGAUUUGAAAUUGCUCUACGCAGACCUGUCAGUUGUCUCAAAGGAUAUCUAUAACCAGCCACUGCAGCAGCUCUUGCUGCCUGACAUCCUUGCAAACUUUAACUCCAUCACUGUCCUCGAAGGUGAAGCAGGAGGUGGGAAGACUGCAUUGCUGAGGAAGGUAGCUGCGCUGUGGGCCUCAGGCUGCUGCCCCAUGCUAAGCAGGUUCAAGUUGGUCUUUUAUCUUUCCCUGAGUGCCACAAAAGGGGAUCAGAGCUUGACUGACAUCAUCUGCAACCAGUUGGUGGGAUUUCCGGGGUCGUUAACGGAAAUGUCCCUGAGGAACAUCCUGCAGCACUUAAAGCACCAGGUCCUAUUCCUUCUGGAUGACUACGGUGAGAUGAAUUCAGUCCCCUCGGUCAUCGAAGGACUUGUACAAAAGAAUCACUUUAACAAACACUGCCUGGUUAUUGCCGUGCGUACUAACCGGAUCAGAGAAAUCCGCAAGCAUGCAAAUACAAUUUUAACUAUUGUGCAGUUUCCUCUGUACAGCACUCUCUACAUCCUUCGGAAGCUGUUUUCACACAACAUUGCCCUUGUGGAAAAGUUCAUCUAUAAGGUGCAAUGUGAAGACGCCAUGCAGACUCUUCUGAAGACCCCGCUUCUAACUGUGGCUCUCUGUGCAUAUUGGGUACAGUACCCAGGAGGGAACAUCUUCAAUGACAAGGCUAUUUUUAAAGCCUACUUGCUGUAUAACUCCCUAAAAUACCUGGAAGAAGGAGACCAUGUUAGCACCAUGGUGUCCUCCUGUGGAGAGCUUGCCUUAAAAGGUCUUUUCAAGCCGUGCUUUGAUUUCAGGGAGGAAGACCUCUCUGAAGCAGGGCUUGAUGGAGAUGAAGCUCUGAGAUUGGGCCUGCUGAGCAAAUUCACUGCCUAAAGGCUGCAGCCAGUUUAUCAGUUCUUUCAUCCGUCAUUCCAAGAGUUCCUGGCGGGGCAAAGGAUGAGUGAGCUCCUGGCUUCUGAUGUUGAAGAAAACCUGGAGAGAGGACUGUAUUACUUGCAGCAAAUCAACACGUUGAGGAAAGUUUCUGGGACCUAUCACUUUUUGUUGCAGUAUGCUUGCAGCUAUCCUUCCAAGGCAGUUCCAAAAAUCAUAACCCAUUUAUUCAACUUGAUCCACUCUAAGGAGGCAUUUGAAAGUCAUUCAGAAAGUGAUGAACUUCUACAACAUCACCCAGAACUACAAAUGGUGGUACAGGCAAUAGAUGUUUUGGAGUCAGAAUUUUGUCUUUCAUUUUUCACUCACCUUUUACUGGACACUGCAAUUUCUGCAGCUUAUGCAAGUGACACUGUUGCAAUGUGUGCCCCAGUCAUCUUUGAGUUCCUUAGAGGAAAAACAUUUUCUAUUGGCUCAUUUGUGUCACAGUACAAUUUUUUGCUGCGUUUUUUUCUGGAUUUUCCAGAAAGCCUGGCUUUUCCCAGUACUUUUUACUUAAAUGUACAUGGAAAAAAAUAUAAACCAAAAUCUCCUUUUUCAGAUAUAGGAAUUAAUCCUUCUGACCUGGAGGUUCCAACGAUUGACACAGAUUAUGCUUCUGCAUUUAUAAAUCUUAAUGAUAUGUCACAGAGGGUAAGAGAACUUGAGAAUAAUGUGGAUCGAUUUUUUUCACUGGUUUCUAGAUUUCUGCCAGACUCUCUUAUGGCUCCUUUCAUACUUGCAAAGGGUCGUGCAAAGAUUUCAGCUCUGAAAUUUGUAGCCAAUGACAUCAGUUCUUUGGAAGGAGCUGAUCUUAGGAACCUUAUGGUACUAUUCUCCAUUUCAGACAAUAUUGAGCUUUGCCUAAAAGAUAGUCCAGGACUGGUUGAAAGUAUCCGACCAGCUCUUGAACAGCACAAGGAAUGCUUUAAAAAAUUCAGCCUGUGUAAUGUUAACUUGAGUGUAGCAGAACAGGAGCUGCUUCUGUCUAUGUCUUCAGUGGAAUCUCUUGAGAUAAAGGAAGAAGCCAAAGUGCCAGAAUUGCUUUUUACAAAUUUGGACAAAUUCACCUGCUUAAAGGGAUUAUCAGUGUAUGUACAGAAUGGUCAAAACGUGUUUGACAUCAUUCCCAGUGGCUUUGGAAAUCUCCAUAGCAUGGAGAGAUUGUUGAUUGAUAAUGUGAACUUUUCAGAUGGGUCUUCCAGGCUGGUUGGAUUCAUUCAGGGAUUUCAGAACCUCAGUGUCUUUCAUCUGAACACUUCCAGCUUCCUUGACUGUGAAUCUCUUCUGGCUACAGUUUCUUCUUGCAAAAAAUUAACGGAAAUCAGGUUUACCGGGUCAUUUAUCAGAGACCGAGACAUGUUAUCCUUUGCUGAUAUUCUGCCAAAUUUUCUGUCUCUCACAGUGUUAGACCUUAAUGGACAAUACAUUACUGAUGAGGAAGCUUCUCAAGCCUUUGCAUCUGCUUUAGGGUGUCUUGUAAAUCUAGAAGAACUUUACCUCCCUGCUGUGUAUGGAAUAAAGCAUGCAGCAAAGCUGAUUGUUCAGCAGUGCUCACAUCUGCCACUUCUCAGAUACUUCUCAUUUCAUCAUUCUUUGAAUGAUGAGAGCCUACUGGAAAUAGCCACGGUAACAUGCAAUGGAGGUUUCCAAAAGCUUGAAAAUCUUUCACUGAGUUCAAACCACAAUGUAACAGAAGCUGGCUGGACAAACUUCUUCCAAAUGCUGUCUCAUAUGCCCAGUUUAAAGGAAUUAAACAUCAGUCGCAUGUACACACAACAAAUCAAAUCACAAGCAACAACAGUGAAGUCGUUUGUCCAGUGUGUGUCUAGGCUGCCCAGUCUUGUGUACAUUCAGUUUUAUGGCUGGCUGCUUGAUGCAGAAGACCUGAAAAUGUUUGAGACUAUGAAGGAACAGCACCCCCAAUCCAAGCGUUUAAAAUUAAGCUGGCAAUGGAUGUUGCCCUUCUCACCAAAUUUACAAGAAUGAAACAUUUUUUCUGUAUAUUGGCGUUUUUUCAGUUUCUUUAGAAAGAGGCACAUAGCACAGCAUCUUUGCAUAUUAAACCCUGGAAUUUUAAGCUUCAUAUCUGCUUAUAUUAAUUAAUAGGAAACCCUUUUCACAGACUGGAGGGAUUAAUAUAAGCCUUGCAAAGUACUUAGAUGUCUGACUGACAAGUGUAUUAAGCAUAAGCUUGUCAUAAAUAGUACAUUUUCAUGAUUAGUGUGCCUAUCGGAUGUUAACUCUUAACAUUUUAUUGCCGUGCAAGGAAGUAUUUUUUGUAAAUGGAUGACAUGCCAACUAGAAUGACUCUGAAUUAAAGGUAGUAAUUU